GUUCCCGCUCACAAUCCCAUAAGCUUAAUAACGGCGGGGUAUCUAUGUCCCCUAGCAGCCUGGCAGACCUGGAGUCUUCCAGCAAGCAAGCGCUGCUGUGCUCAUUCUAGGUUUAACGAUUACUCAUACCACGAUAAGUAAUCUUUCCUUCCUCGGCAGUUUCUGGUACAACACAGCUACAGGUAGUUCAAUAUACAACCAGCAAACGCCGAUAUACUAUAAUUGAUUAGUCACUUCACAUACUAUUACCACAACAGCUGUAUAAAUACCGAACUCUGCCCCGUUGACAGAACCACCGUAGCAAUCCGCCAUAGCCAACUUAAUUCAGUCUUCAAUAUAUGCAUCAGCUCUCCAAGAUUAAUUGAGUAAAACAAACGCUUGCUUGCGCUCAGGAGAAAAAUCAAUCGAACACUAUGAGCUCGUCAAAACAGAUUAGUCGUGCGUACCCUCAAGGCCUGCAGCCCAUCACACCUGCAUCAGAUUGGUCGAAAGACGACAAGGCACACCCCGGUUUUGUGGUUCACGGCACAGACAAGAACCCUGGCAAGAAGGCCUACUACAUCCAUCUUGAAGCAAAGCCAGGAAAGGAGGAGUUGGUGGCCGGCUUCUUGCGAGACAUCAACACGGGCGUCAACCAGGAACCUGGUACUGGUCCCUGGUUUGGUCUUAGAUACUCUCAGACGACAUUUGCCAUCUUCGAGGCAUUCGCUGACUCUGAACGCCGUAGCGAUCAUGACAACGGACCAGGAGGCCACAAUUUCCUGCGCGUUGACCUGCUGAAGGAUAUGUUGGCAUACCCAGCUCAAAUCUAUAGGCUCGAUGUUUUGCACGGAAAGGGUGUAUUUGGGCAGGAUCUACUCCCAUUGCCAAAGCCUGAGGAGGCCGGUGGUGAGAAGAGUUCUUUAUGAGAGGCCUUAGGUCGAUUCAAAAGAGAAAAGCUACUCUGGAAGGGUAGUUGGAGUAGAAUUUUGUGCAUAGAUCAGGUGGCUUUUUUCCAGUAAUAAAUCAUACUCAAUGUGGAUAGUUCAAGCAGUACCUGUGGAUUACGUUCAAAAGCAACGGUCGCUGUUGCUGAUAGUACCAUGUAUCGGCAAAGUCCCUUGGCUAUAACUUUCCAUAGGGAAACUUGCAUAUUGUCACAAACGUAGCUGGAUCAAUCAAACAUAGUAACUCGUGAU